UAUGAAUAGCCCGCCCUCCUCGAUAACGACGAACUCCACAAAUUACCCUUCUCCUUCGUCUCUCUAUUCUACCAUAAACCGCACAUAUUCAUAGGGUCAAUUUAGUCACUUCGUAGUAAAAAAGUCUCACCGUCGCCAGACAUUAUAAAAAUAAAAAACACUGGCGCUCUUUACCUUCUUUUUUUUAUUCUAAAAAAAAUGCAGUCCCUCAAUCUGAGACCGUCGACGGAUUUUAGUACAGGUACGAGGAGGUUUGUUCCAGGUCGGAGCUUCGGAGAGGAGAGGAGACAGUGUUUGAGUUUCAGAGUUUCCUACAGAAAUUGUCGGAUUGUUGCAUGUUCUGUUGAGAGAGAUGGAAACGGUGAAGGAACAAGUUCUAGUUCGGGUUCGGAUCAUAGUCCGAGUUCGUUUUUGUCACGGAGUCAAACGUAUGCCAUGCUAAAACAACAAAUGGAGGUUGCUGCGCAAUCUGAGGAUUAUGAAGAAGCUGCGAGAAUUCGUGAUUCGUUGAAGUCAUUUGAGGAAGAGGAACCAGUUUUGCGGCUGCAUAGGUUGCUGAAGGAGGCAGUUGCUGAUGAGCAGUUUGAGGAUGCAGCUAGGUAUCGGGAUGAGUUAAAGGAAAUUGCGCCACACUCUCUCUUGAAAUGUUCAAGUGAUGCAACUACCUUGGGGAUCAGGAUUCAAGUUAGGAGCUUGUACAUGGAGGGCCGAAGUCAGCCUUCAAAGGGGCAGUACUUCUUUGCAUAUAGAAUAAGAAUCACUAAUAACUCAGAUCGCCCCGUUCAACUUCUCAGAAGACACUGGAUUAUCACAGAUGCCAAAGGAAAAACUGAAAACGUUUGGGGAGUUGGAGUUAUAGGUGAACAGCCAGUUAUACUUCCUAGGACAGCAUUUGAAUACUCAUCUGCAUGCCCGCUAUGCACUCCUAAUGGUAGAAUGGAAGGUGACUUUGAGAUGAAACACAUCGACAAAGCAGGCUCACCCACGUUCAAUGUUGCUAUUGCCCCGUUUUCUCUCUCAAUACUAGGAGAUGGAAGUGAUGCCUUUUGAUUUAGGCUUCAUGGCUCACUCAAAGAGAGCGGAGGAUUCGCAUCCAUUCCUACAGGGUCUGCACUGUUGAAGUCGAAAGAAUCCAUUGGUAAAAGUGCUUCUUACUAGGAAAAUGAACCAGAUGGUCCAGCUCCAAUACCAGCUUGCAGGCCCAGCCCUUGCUGUUUUUCCAAGUAAUCCACGGUUGAGUGGAAUAUUCUUUGGUUCUUGGGUUUCUUUAAAGCAAUUGUAACUUAGUUCUUCAGCAGAUCUUUGCCUCGCUGUAAGUUGAGGGUUGAAAAUGUUAUUAAAACAUUGUAAACAUAUUUUCUAGUUAAAACAAAAUUUAAACUGCUCAGGUGUUGAUUCAA